AUGGCUAACGAUCUUUCGAAAUGGGAGAACUCAUCUUCCCUGUCCUCGUUAGUAUCAAUAGGAACACAUCGACUGUUCGUCUCAUUAAGUGGCCCACUUCGCCGUGCUCGACUACAAAUCACUUCUUCUGAUAUCGGCCCUGUUGCGGGGUACAACACCACAUGGACCAACGACCCGGUAGUAAUCAUUUUCCCUGGUGCGGGCGAAUCAUCCUCCUCCUGGCCCAGAGUACAAGAAAGCGUAUCCCACUUCGCACGUAUCUUACUAUACGACCGAACCGGUCUUGGGAAAAGCGAAAGACGUACAAAUACCAACGACAAAGACAAUGCAAAUCCCAAAGGAGCGGCCAUUAUCGCAGCAGAGGAGCUGUGCUUACUUCUUGAUGCGAUUCGUAUCUCUGGUCCAUACGUGCUCGUCGCGCAUUCAUAUGGAGCCAUUGUUGCGCGAGAAUUUCUGCAUUCGAGAUCCAGCCAGGUAGCUGGUAUGGUCCUUGCGGAAGCCUCUACGGAGCGACAACCGGAGUAUUUCCGUCUACCGGAUCCAAAUAUGAUGGCUGUUAUGGGCAGUCUCAAGUUCUCCGCUGUCACUGCGUUGAGAACAAAUGCACAGAUGUCGCCGGAUGAAUGGAGGACGAGAGCGAUUGAAAUGGGUCAAAGUGCGCCGGCGAUAGAGGCAGAGGUUGCCGGCUAUAGAACAGUAUGCAGGCAACUAAGCGAAAAUAAUCAGUUCAAUGACCGAGUACUAGGCAACAAGCCUUUGGGCGUGAUUAAAUGCCAGUCAUUCCGGGAUUAUGAGAAGCUAUAUGAGGCUGGCGUGGAGGCUGGAAAUGGUACAGUUGAGCAGCGUCAAUCAUUUCGGGAUCUGUUGGAUAGAUGGGAUGCCUAUUCCGAGGAGUUGCAGCGCGAGCAACUACAACUUUCGUCGAAUGUUCGGUGGAUGGAGGUUUCUGGGUGCGGACAUAAUAUCAAUAUUCUACGGCCUGAAGUGAUAGUGCAGGAGAUACAAUGGGUUCUUGGGAGGAGGAAGGAUGAUUUACGAUUCUGA